AUGUACACGGCUGCUGUGGGAGCUUGGGGCUGCGUUGCCGUCGUGCAAGCGCCUGCUCUUGCGUCCACCUCGUUCAGCCUCGCUUGCUCACAAGCCACCCAAGUUGCAAGCAGGGCCCUUGCCGGAGCAGCCCGAAACUUCACCACAGACGCUGUUUGUCUCGCAAAGAAAAAAUCGGCUUCCACUUCUAGAUAUACCUCGCGCCAAUCAUCCGAUCCUUAUGUGCUGGCCCGCACAUCGCAAUCCCACGCCUCCUCACUCGCCCUGCCAUCAUCAUCAUCGCAGGAUGAUCUACCUGGCGAAAAGUUCGUUUCCAGGUCUGCCUUCAAGCUUUUUCAACUAGAGGAGAAGCAUCACUUCCUCGCACCGCGCAAGGGCAAAGGGAGGGGGCGAGAAAGAGUCAUCCUCGAUCUGGGGGCAGCACCUGGAGGAUGGACACAGAUGGCGCUCAGGUUGCUGCGCAACUCUAGCUCUUCCGUCGAGAGCAGUACAGAGGGACAAGCAGAGGAAGGAGUCGUUCGUCGUCCGCCCAUCUUUGCCCUCGACCUUCUGCCGCUUCAUCCCAGCGUACAGGCUUUACCUGGCGUCAACUUCAUUCAAGGCGACUUUGAGAGCGAGGAUGUCAAGAAAGAAUUGGCCGAACGAGUCAGGCUGCAUCGCUCGCAAGGAGGAGAGGAAGCAAUAGAUGACAAAGUUGAUGUCAUUCUGAGCGACAUGCUGGCCAAUACCACCGGAUCUUCUCUGCGAGACGGCGCUCUGUCUUUGUCGCUCCUCCAUCACCUCUAUCACUUCGCACAACGGCAUCUUGUCGCUUCUCCUUCCUCCUUCCUCGUCCUCAAGAUCUUUCCAUCCCCAGAAGCCGAAGCCUUUCGGAGGAGGAUGCUCCAGUACUCUGCCUCUUCUGGGAAGAAACGGGCCAGUGUCGAAGAGCAGAGCGGCGCUAUUAAGGGCGGAGCUUUCGAGACCGUGAAGACAGAAAAGCCUCCAGGCUCAAGAAAGGAGAGUCGUGAGGUGUAUUGGGUGUGUAAAGGGUUCCGAGGCAGCGAGAAGUGCUGGACUCUUGAUGAGUGGUAUGAGAUGGAGGAGGCAGCCGGCUGA